AUGGCUUCAAAAAAACAAAAAAAUGAUAAUGAUAAACAUUCAAAAAAAAUAUUUCCAUCUACACGAUUUUUAAUGGCUAUUUUAUUAUGUGCAUGUUUUAUUUCAUUAUCAGUUUCAACUUCAAAUAUAUCAUUAUCAAUUGUUUGUAUGGUUAAACAACCAUCUAAUGUAACAAAAAAUGAUUUAAUAAGAGAAGUUAGUAGAAUAAGAAGAAAUUUAAAUGAUACAGAAACAAUACUUUUUGAUGAAUAUUUUAAUUUAAAAGUUAAUAAUAAUGGAACAGAUAAUGAAAUUGUUAGUUUUGGUAAUAAUACUCCUGAGAUAACCUCUUGUUUUGCUGAUAAAAUAAAAAAACGUGCAUAUGAGAUAGGUGAAUUAUUGGAAGAUAAAAGAAAAGAUUUAUAUGAUUAUUCUGACAAAUUUGAUUCUGAUAAUCAAGAAGUUGAUAUAUCAGUGGAAGAAAAUAUUAAAAUUGAACCAUGUAGUGAGAGUAAUCUUUUAUUAUGGACAUCAACUGAUCAAGGUAUUGUUUUUGCAGCACAAAAUGCAGGAUCAUUAUUAAUGUUAAUUACUGGAACUCAGGCUGAUAGACUUAAUUCUAAAUGGUGUAUUGUUGUAGCUUUAAUUUUAUUAAUUAUAUCAAAUAUCAUUAUUCCUUUGCUAGCAGGGACAAGUUUUUUUUUAGUUGUAUUAGCACGUGUUUUUACUGGUUUUUCUGAUUCAUUUUUACAACCUUCUGCCAAUUCAAUGAUUACUAGGUGGUUUCCACCUAAGGAAAGACCUUUUGUUAUUGGUUUAGUAACUGGUGGAAGACAAAUAGGAACACUUUUAAUAUUACCAGUAGCUGGAUUUUUAUGUUCUAGAAAAGAUAUUCUUAAUGGAUGGCCAAGUAUAUUUUAUCUUUCAGCACUUAUUGGUGCUUUUGUACUUGUUUGUUGGCUUAUAUUAUCAGCAGAUAAACCAUCAAAACAUUUUUGUAUAUCAAAAUUUGAACAAACAUUUAUAGAGGAACGUCUUGUAGAAGAAAAUAUGGGAAAAAGAAAAGAUAGAAAAAAAGUUCCUUGGAAACAUAUCUUAACAUCAAAACCACUAUGGGCAGGUGUUGCAGCUCUUAUAUGUCACGAAUAUCCUCUUGUAAUUAUGCUUCAGUUACUCCCGAAAUACAUCAAUGACAUAUUAAAAUUUUCAACAACAGCAAAUGGUAUUGUAUCAGCACUUCCAAUUGCUGUAUUAUUUAUAUCUAAAACACUUGCAUCAUCAUUAUCUUCAAUGAUAAGUUCUAGAAAAAAAGGUCGAUUUUUAGUAUCACGAACUACUUUAGCAAAAAUAUUUAAUUUUAUUGCUUCUUUAGGAUUAGGAAUAUCAAUAGCUUUAGUUCCAUUAAUGUCAUCUUUUGGAAAUCAAACUGGAACAGUAGUAUUAUUAUGUUCUGCAACUUUUUUUGCUGGUAUGCAUUCUCCUGGUGUUAUAUUAGCAUUAGUACAAAUUGCACCUGCAUACUCUGCUUUUGUUACAGGUUUAGCUUUUGGUUUUGUUGCUAUAUUUGGUAUAAUUAAUAAAGUUUUAUCUAAUUAUAUUGUACAAAAUGGAAGUAUAUCAGAAUGGACAAUUGUUUUUGAAAUUUCAGCUAUAGUUGCAAUUCUUCCAAUUGUUUUCUUUACUAUAUGGGGAUCAGCUGAUAGGCAACCAUGGGCUAGUCAAAAAUUUGCCAAAACUAAUACUGAUUCAGAAAUUACAAUAGUUAGUACAAUUUCAACAUCAUCACUUAAAAAUAAUAAAAUUAAUCCUAAAAUAGUUGUUAAACCUCCACCAAUUGAAAUACCUAAAAGUAUUUCAAAUAUUAUGUUAGAAGAGAAUAAAAAAAAUGAGACGAAAAAUAAAUCUGCUAUAUUACCACCAGCAACUCCUUCAAGUAGAUUACCAUCAUGUAAUUUUGAUGUCUAUCUUGGAGAUACACCCCAAGGAACACCAAGAAUAAUUAUUAAUGAUGAACAAGAUAACGAAACUUUUCAUAAAGUCUAA